UGGCUGCAGUUGUGUGUGAGGAGAGUUCAUUGGGUCUCUCUGCUAACUGAUUGGCUGCCUUGCACAGAGGCACAGUUGCUGGCUGCAUUCUGAAAAUGGAAUCACCCAACAGAGUUCCCUGAUUGAGAGAAACACCCUUAAAGCUCGGUCGCCUUCUCGUUUUAUUUGAAUAUUACAUCACUUCAAAUAUAUAAGAACACUUAUAAAAUAUAAGUACAGCAGUACUUGGAUGUGACAGUACGGAAUUAACUGGAUGUAAGACAGCGUGGACAGCAGUGUUUCUUAGUCUUGUGCAAAUCGCGUGACUGGCUACAUUGGUGCUGCAUUCGGGUGUUGCUGCAUAAUUUGUUUAAGAUUUGCAAUUGCUCCGAGAAGUAUCGGGGAGUUAUUUAUAGGGUUAUUUUCAUUAACUUUGUAUAGGAUUCCUUGACCUAAGGAAAGGGCGACUGGAGGACUGUAUCCGGCUGCACUGGCUCUUUUCCUACAGACAGGCAUCCUGUCAAUCCAUUGCCCCUUGGUGAGAGUUGAUUGAAGGCCCGUGUGGGGAACCUGCCAGGAACAAUGGGGAGGAAGCUGGAUCUUUCAAGUCUGACUGAAGAUGAAGCGGGCCAUGUACUUCAGGUGGUCCAGAGGGACAUGUGUCUUCGGAAGAAAGAGGAGGAACGCCUGAAUGAAAUGAAACAGGAGCUUGAUGAAGAAGGCAGCAAAUGCACAAUCCUCGCCAGACAUAACAAGUUUAAUGACCACAGCUGCAUGCGCUGCUGCUCUCCUUUCACGUUCCUCAUAAAUACGAAGCGCCAGUGCCUGGACUGCAAAUUCAAUGUCUGCAAGAGCUGCAGCAGCUACAGCAAGAAAGAAAAGGCAUGGAUCUGUGCUGUCUGCCAGAAGAGCAGGCUUCUAAGAACGCAGUCUUUGGAAUGGUACUACAGUAACGUCAAAAGCCGAUUCAAACGCUUUGGCAGUUCCAAGGUUUUGAAGAUGUUAUACAGAAAGCAUCGUACAGAAAGAGGAGCUUUCUCAGACAUAGGAGAGGGAAGCAUUAAUGAAGGAAUUGUUGACUAUGCAGAAAGCACCUGUGGCAGCGACUCUACGUUUUACAGACAAAGUGAAGGGCACAGUAUGGCGGAAACCCUUACAGUCGCACUUCGAGUUGCAGAGGAAGCAAUAGAGGAGGCGAUUUCUAAGGCUGAAGAGUGUAGGGAUAGUUUGGAGAAGCAAAAUGAGGCCCAGUACCUGCGUGAUAACAAAGAAGAACUAAUAGAAGAACUUGCCACGACAAUUGUGCAAAAAAUUAUAAGGAGGAGGAAGAAUUCAGAGAUGCAGCCAGACUCUGAGGUGGAAUGGCCUCUGUCCCGAAGCAGUGGUCUGACAUCCCCGACAAUCUCCGAGCACAGUACUGUCAACUCUCAGACGAGCCGCAAAGGAUCCUACAGCUUAUGGAGAUCUCAGUCUGCUUUCUCUCUCACCGGUGACGAACCUCCAGUACAACCAAUGGAUUCCAACUGGAAGUCUACCAUUUCUAAAGCAACAUGGAGGAGCCAAGAGGGAUAUCCCAGCCUGAAAAAUGAUCCCAGACUAUCCUCACUUCCAAGCUGGAGAAGCAUGGAUAGGCUUGAUAAUUCUAAUCCAUCUUCUGUUUUACAAAGUCCUGAUGGAAACUGGAUAGCCCUGCAAAGCACAUUUCAGUCCCGUCCGAGUUUGCUGACCAAACCCAAAAGCCAGGUGUUCACAGCUCUUGAGAAGGAAUCUGGCGUUAUCUCUGCCUAUGAUGAAUUGGGCUCAGAUACUGAAGAUGAAUGUGAUUUAAACGAGUUCAGAAGGCGGCCACGAAAGCUCUCAGAUGAAACCUACUACACUGACUCCCAGUAUGAUCCUGAAUGGACAUAUGCAAAGCAUCGGCCUGUCACCUCCCCAUCCUCUGGGCAGUACACCAACACAGAGACCAUGUUCUCUGAUUCAGAAACCUCCUCUGUGCAUUCUGUGAGAGACAGCCUGUCACAGAUUGGAAAGCAGCAGGUAUUGAAGAGGAAAGGCCCAGACCAUGGCGAGGCACUUGAUAUCAACUUUAACCCACAAGCAUGUGGUUUGGGUACUGUGGACAGUAGCGAGGCAGAGGAGCCCAACAGGCCUUGUGUCAGGAGGUCUCGGCGCAGGAGGAAAAGCAAACCUUCGUGCAGAGAGCAUGCUCACGACAGAGAGCGUCAUCACACGCAAUCUACAGCUGCUUACCAGAUCUAUGAUGAUUCACUGGGAGCAGGUGCUGUUGACGAAGGCUUCCUUCCACAAAGAGAAGCAGAUGCCUUGGAGAUGAAACUGAAGUCAAAGUUAUCUGAGCUGACUGCUAAUGUGAGCGAUAAUGAGUCUUCUUCAGGAGAAGAGAGGGAGCAGGACAUCAGACUGACUCAGGUACCACUGGAGAGCUCCUGUUAUGAAGAGAGACAAAGCAUUCAGGAGGAUACCAGGAAGGAUGGAGAAAAUGCUUUAACACUUCAACACAAGCUACAGUUCUUAUCAUCAGUCUUGCAACAGAAGUAUUCUGCUGUAUCUCUCUGCAACAUCACAACAGAGGUCCUCAAAGUGAUCAAUGCCACAGAGGUGUUGAUUGAGGAAGCUACAGGGGACAGUGAUUCUCCAUCAAAACUGCAGGACAAGGGGAGACAUGGUGAGGAAACAGACACUGUAAAACUUCAAGAACACCUCACCAAACUGGAGGAAAACGUCUAUCUGACUGCUGGCACUGUUUAUGGCCUUGAAGGACAACUGGAUGACUUGGAAGAAUGUGCACGCAGCAUUAACAGCAUAACUACUGAGAAUCAACUAGCUUAUCUGGAGGAUCAAGUAGCGUCAGCAGCAGCACAAGUUCACCGAGCAGAGAUCCAGGUAUCAGAUAUUGAGCUACGGAUUUCAGCCCUUAAAAAUGCAGGUUUGAAUGUAACCCCAUAUAUGCGACUGGCAAAACAAAAGGAAGAUACACCACACCAGCCACAAACCAUAGAUACUUCACGGCAACUGAGAAGAAAACUUCCAGCCCCACCGAAGCAAGGAGACAAGAUUAACCCUGCUCUAAUAGUAACUGGAAGGACCUUCAACAGAAACUCAAUGUUUCAAAGUCCUUCAGGACAAAGAAUCACGAGUGAAAGGAAAAACAGUGCCAAAGACCACACAACACAGAAGCCAGAUGUGCAAUCCAAUUUUAUGUACUAAGACCACACUACUACAAUGCCAAGAUCACACUGCCUACAGCUGUACACAACAGUGCCUUGAUUCAACAACCAUGAAAAGGCUUUAAUAGGAAAUGGACUUGCAAUAGUCCUAAUCUGGUCAUGCUAAUGGAGCUCUACUUUGAUACCUCCCUAGGUUCAUCCUAAGUAUUGUGGCUUUUUGAUGGAAAUGUUCUGCCUUAAGUUAGAGACGUGCUUGAUCAAAGAUUGGUUUGCUUUGGUCAUUAGUUAAACAUGUUAUGGGAAGCACUUUUCCUUUUAUUUGUAUGCAAGGGUGGUGUUGAUGUUCUAAUCAUUAUUUUUAAAAUAACUAUUAUGUGUAAAUAAAUAAUCCAACUUUUGAUAAAUUUGAUUUCUAAAUAUGUCCGCUGUAAUGUAUCGUAAAGUAAAACAUCACCAUGUGAGACUGGAGUUUACUAUCAGUAAUGGUUGUUUAUGCAAUUAAUUCUUUACAAUUUGUUAAUUCUUUUUUGGUUUGUUUGUUAAAUUGUUUAAAAAAAUAAUACAGUAAUUAAGUUAUUUGAUAAUCAUUAUCACUAACAGGUGCUGAUAGUGGCUGGGAAUUAUUUCAUUUUAUACAACCAGUCCUUAUAAAGACAACAGGCUCUAUUCACAAAGAUUUAACACGUGAUCUAUUAAAGCUAUUUUGAUUAAUAAAACAAAGCUUUUAUAUUCAUGAAACUCAUAUGGAUUGUUGUUGAACAAGUGUGUUAAAUGUUAUAUCAGUAUCAAACUAUAUGGUAUAAACAAAAUCCUUGAAUAAUUCAGGAAUUAUGUUUUGUGAUUUUUAAUGUGCUUUUUUGUUCUGUCAGCCAAUUAAAACCUCUUGUAAUAAUGUAUUUGACAAAUGUGGUGUUUAAAGAGGAAUAAUACUGUACAUGGCAGGAAUCAAGAUUUCUGUUAAAAUCUACUGGUUGGUGGAGGAGCAGUUUAUAUGGGGUAUCUUAGAGAGGGCACUGAAAGUACCUAUAAAGGAGUAAAUGUGAGGUAGGGCCAAGAUUUUCGUUUUUUCCCCAUCACAAAAUCCUUGGAGUAAUGUCUGUGUUAUAGUUUAUAGUAUUAUUAUGGCCAUUCUUCAGACAAUAAUAUAACCUGGAAUGUUUUUUACUUAUAUGCAGUUGGUAGUUGUAUUCCAUCCCUAUAACUGCGUUCAUAGAUAAAACAAAAAUACUGUACUGUGUAUUGGGUAGAAGUAAAAGCACGACUUAUUCCACUUGCCAACAUAACAUGUUUGCCCUCUACUCAUGUGUUUUGCUCAUCUGAAUGCCAAAAGUGUUGUAGUAAAACUGAAAGGAAUUGAAAACCAAAGCUAUUGAUGGCUUAAAAGCAGAUACAAUGAUGGGCCUUAUUAUGGGCCCCAUAGUUUGUGCUACACAGUUUGGCUUACAUAUAGUCUCACUAAGCAAAAAAUGUCAUCUGUACUAAAAUAUGUCAGUUUAGGCUGUUUUAUCAAUUAAGUAUUGUUCUGUAUAGGUAUUGUAAAAGAAAAGUGUGGUCCUUCCCAGACAAUCAUCAUAUCUGUGUGUAAAAGGAAUACUGUAUGUCAAUGUGACAUUUCAAAAUCUAACAUUAUUAUUAUUAUUUGUUUAUUUAGCAGACGCCUUUAUCCAAGGCGACUUACAGAGACUAGGGUGUGUGAACCAUGCAUCAACUGCAGAGUCACUUACAAAUACGUCUCACCCGAAAGAUGGAGCACAAGGAGGUUAAGUGACUUGCUCAGGGUCACACAGUGAGUCAGUGGCUGAGAUGGGAUUUGAACCGGGGACCUUCUGGUUACAAGUCCUUUUCUUUAACCACUGGACCACUACAAUUAUGGCUUCUGGUAGACUUUUGCAAUAUCAUUUUGUAGUUUCUUUGAUUACAUGAUGUUAAAAGAUCUACAUUUUAUGUUCCUAUAGUUUUUUUUUUUUUUUUUUUUAAAUGUCUCAAUCCUCACUUGUGGCCAUAGCUGUAUCUAAUUGAAUAUUAAAUGGAUUUAAACACACUGCAGUGUUCUCUAUCCCCUGUGUUGUGCAACUAUGUGUUACUUACAAACUGCAACUUUCCAUGUAAAAAGUGUUAAAAGCAUUAUGUGUAGUUUGAAGUGAUGGAAAUCAGCUGCAAGGCAGAUUGUGCAAAUAACCAAAUUGAUAUUAGGAGAUUGACUUCUGUUGUAUUCUGUCAGGGGCAAUCAGAAUUGAAAACAUUAGAUAAAAUAAUUGCAAUUAUAGUUAAAUAGUUACAUAUAUUACAACUUUUUUAGGGGCAUAUCAAAGUAAUUGUAGUGUGUACCGGUAGUCUUGAUUUUAUGAAACGUAUCCCUUCUUUUCGGGGGGUAUAUAGUACAGUAUGUUGUCUUGAUGGUGGACCACAAGAGGAUAGUAGUAUUUAUUCAAUUGAAAUUCAGCGGUGCAAUUUUGUUUUUCAAAGCCUUGGUACCAAAUUAUUACAGUAGUAAGACCAGCAGCAGUUUGCACUAAUAGACUCGAAUGCCAUAUUCAGACAAUUUGAAGACCUAAGGCUGAACAAAAGUGUGCCUUAAAGUCUUUGUAAGACCUGUUCUCAUUUGGUCCUGCCUUGUUAAAAAAUUGAAUGAGUUUAAUGAAACCACACUACACAUUCCACUUCUAUCUUUGAAAUGCCCCUUGUAUUAUUUGCAAAUGUAAAUGUUUUGCCCAGCCCAGAAUUUAAAAAAGAAAAGCCAAAUUCUGCCAUAUUCUAUAGUAUCUUGUAUGUACCUCACUGAAAACCAUGUGUAGUUUCUUUAAAAACACGAUACAAACAUGAUCUAUUAUGUUGUCUUCCUAUUUUCAAUCUUUUUAAAUCUACCAGUUGUUGGAAACAGUUGAAGCCUUAUGUGAAAACAUUUAAAGUGUAUUGUUUAGAAGAAAAACUUGUUUGGAAAUCAAUAUUUACACAGUGAACCUGCAUUGAAGCUAGUCUGUGUGGGCUUGCUCAGACUUUUUGAUAUCAGGGCAACUUUAAGCAGCAAGACCAAUAUGUUUUUGCAUUGAAUGCUUCCAUUAUGUUUGACACACACCUUAUGAUAUAUACUUAAUUAGAAUUAUUUUGCUUUUUUUUUUUUUGCUUUUUUUUAUAGUAAACAGUAUCUGAAAAUCAACAAAAAUCCAUUGUUUGUAAAUGUCAGGUAACAUGUAAAUGUAUAUUCAUUCAAUCAUAAUUAUUUCUAGUGCAAUGUAUCAACAAUAAACAUUUGUGUUAAUGUACUGGGUUCUAGAUGAUUGCAGUAAAGUAUACUAUGCACAGCUUGCUCUACAAUUAUGUAUUCAUUAGCUAAACAUGUUGAUUGUUGAAGUUCAUAGUGAGAACAUUGAUUAAAACACUUAAAGAA